CACAGCAGAGUCUAUAUAGUGAGUAGUCACCUGAGGAGCAAACUAUUUCUCUUUCUUUAUAUUCACAAAGACUCGUUCAGGUGGACUCAAGAGCUACUUUUCUCAUCUGUCUCUGCCAUUGAAACAGUAAAGAAGAGGAACUGGGUCUGAUUACAUCCCUGAGAGAGGCUCUUUGAAGAGUUUCAUUUUCUCAGUAAUUUUCUUUCUGUCAACACUUCUCUUUUAUUUCCACACCUCACUCUGCUCUCCGUCUCUCUCAGCUUUUUUUUUUCCCCAUUGGUUUGAGGGAGAAUGACAAAGACACACUAUGGAGUUCAUGCAGUUUUAUGGAUUCUUUCACUAGUGGAGUGUAAAAUUCCAGAGGUUCGGGUGAACUGCGUUUUCUCUGAGGACUGUACCCUGCCCUGCUCUUUCUUGCCUAACCAUACUGAUGUGAACAUUCAAUGGUACCAGCAAGAAGCACUAAUACUCCGUUUACAGCAGGUGGGAGAACAGCUCAGCAAUGGCACCAUGUGGCUGUUUAACGACCACAUCUCCAAGGGCAAUGCAUCACUGCUUGUCAAACAUGUAGACAUCAGGAAUAAAGGACGAUACAAAUGUGUGGUCAACAAUGCAACGCAGAUAUACGUUAUUGCCACAGUAGAAGCUCCCAUCAGUAUCAUCUCCAUUGACACAAACCCCUCCGGGCUGAUUCAGUGCUCUACUAAAGAUGUUUACCCUCCACCGAUGGUACAGUGGAGCACAGAACCCAGCUUAACUCCUGCUGCUCUGCAGCCCAUCACCCGCAUGGUUCCUAACGGAAAGGGCCUCUUUUCUGUUGAGAGCGUUCUGAAAGAGCAGAAUAACAGCUUAGAACAUAUUUAUGUGUGUAACAUCACCUCUAAAUAUGGCACACAAUCAUGGACAGCUUCAUUACAAUUUAAAGAAAUGAAUGACUCUGAAGGGCAAGACCUGGUCAUCCCAUGCCCAGCUCACAAGAACCUUAAGUUCUCCUCUCUUGUCUGGACUUUUACGAAAGCAAACACAACCACAGAAAUUCUCAAGUAUGACAGCUUGACCCAUAAAACCACUAGCUUCAGGGAUCACAUAAAACUUACGGAGGAGGACGUAGUGAAUGGGGAUGGAUCGCUUACCCUGCAGAAGCCUGUUGGUGCCAAUCAUUCUGGAAUCUACACAUGUGUAUUCUCAGGAGAAAAGACGAGACAUCUGAUACAGAUCCAUGUCAGUUUUACACACACCAGACAAGGGAAAGAUUUUGUUGCAUAUAAUCUGUGGAUGUUGGGUAUCGUUGUGGGUUUACUUGGUCUUCUUGCUCUGACUUUACUUAUAAAAAGAUACAAAGCUAAAUCAAAAAGGAGUCAAGAGAAUGCUCAAGCAGAUGAAGAGAUGCAAAGGAUGAACACAGCCAAACCAACAGAGCAGCCACAAGCAGAAAGUAAUCUUAUGACACAACCAAGUAGUGGCAAUUAACUCUGGAGAGAGGAAAGAAGAAUAUUACCAAGGAGAGAGAAACCAUUCUAGCAGUUUGGAAGACCCAAUAAUGGGACUGCUGACAACACAGAUAUAUCUGUGCACACAAAAUGUCAUAGUUUUUGUUUUUUUUAAGAAAAGAGCAUUUCAUUUUUUUUUAUAUAUUUUAAAGGUGCAUUGAUUCAAUAUGUAUUAUUAUUAUUAAUAAUGUUAUUAAUUUCCAUAAAACCAACACUGGCUAAUUUAUUGCAACAUAAAGAGUAAUUACUAAAUGAUGAUUACAAUUUAUUUUGAACUAAAGUAACCACAACGUGACACAGGAUUCAUUCAUACAAACAAACACCAGUGUGCUUUGAGGUUUAAAUGUGUUGUGUUUUUUCCUCUCUCUGCUUAAUUGCACCUGAUACAUGGCCAAACCAGCUCUGGUCACUAUAUGUCCACUCAUGAACCAUCUGGUUAAUCAGUUACUGAUUUAAUUGAUACGUCCACAAGGGUCUUUCUUUCCCCCUUUCUUUCUCAGCGAGAGAGAGAGAGAGACAACAUAUGUGCAUGGGGAGGUGAGAGAAAUUGUGGUAUCUCAGUACAUUGAACUGAAAAGGUGGCAUAAUCUGACAGUUAUGCUACUGCUGCAUGUAUAUGCUGCAUUUGUACUUUUUCUAAGGACCGUCAGUGUAUCUGGUAUAUUUUCUACACACACAAGUGCUCACUUUUGAUACUUUUCUAAGCAGGGGAGGGAAAAUAACAAUCCUUGUAUUUGUGGGAAAGUUAGUACACUAGGAAAAAUUAAUCAGUGCGAAUAUAAUUGUAAAAAAACACAAAAUAGCAUAUUUUUAACAAAGGAAUCUAUGUUUGUUAAUUUACUUUGAUAUUUUAAAUAACCAACGUAAUAUAUUUAUUUUUUUAUUUUUAUUGUAUGUAUUAUCUUGAGUAAUCUCUACAAGGUUUUAUCAGUGCGUGGAUUUUCGAUAUAAUAUUUAAGUUACAUUUACUUAAAAGGCUUGAGUGUUGAAUUUGAAUGAUGCAAUUUGUUUUAAACGGCAGGAAACACGUCUCUACAAUAGACUAUGCCAUGAGAUACGUGCGAUUUUAAAGUAAUUUUAAAGUUUUAACAUAUGAAGCUGCACUUAUUACUGUAAAAUACUUAAUUUUGAUUAAGUUUAUUGUUGUAACACAAAUUGGUUGUACACAGUGUGUGUGUUUUCCUUCGGGCUUGACGUAGGCGGGUUGUAAAUACAUGUGCGCCAGAUACGCAGCGGCCUGUAGGGGUGUUCGAUUUAGAGUUUUUUGGAGUCGACUCCGAUUCCCAACUCCGGCUGUUGGAAUCAACUCUUAAACUCUAUUAUUUUUUUUAAAUGAUUUUUCAAUCAGGACAGUUUCAAAAUGCAGUGCCAUCACCGGGGAUGGCAAUUAGUACCAUAUUUUCACAGCCCAAAAUUUCUUGUCAGGUAUCAACGGAAUUAUAACAAUCAUAAUUUAAUUUUCACUCGUAUUCCUCACUCAAUCCAUUGCAUAUUGCAUCUGAUUACUGCUCUGUGAUAAGGUUGUAGUUUUUCUGUAACUGCUGGUUAGUUUCUCCUACCCAAAUUCAAACACAAACGUUAGUGGGGCGGGAGAAACUUAAUCAAGAUGGUUUCCAUGCUGAUGGAAAAACAAAUCACGCAUAUUUUCUUGCUCGAUUCAUUUCAGUAACUAAUAGUCAUAUUAUGAAGACGUAAUAAUAAAAAAUAAUGAUAAUAAUAAUAAUUUGGACCAUUGAUUUUAAAUGGAACGUACAGUGUGUAGGCUACAUGAAAUCGCUUUUUAUGGAACGUAGGGUGAAAAAACGGCAUCUUUUUAAACUCUCUAACAGUCUUGACCACAACGGAUUAAAUAGCUGUGGGUUUAAUUAAGAUAUAUUGGUGUGGUUAUUGCUUUCUUCAAAUAUCACUAGCGAUGGCGAUGUUCUUGUGAAGAUUGCAGCCUUUAAUCGCAUUAGACUUUGCAUACAUUUACCUUAAAAUGUCAUUCCAUAGUUGCUGCUCAUAUCCAGUUUCAAGAGGGAAAAUAACAAGAAAGAGGCUGGGUUGGAAAUAAUGUCACUGUCAUAAAGAAACUAGACAAAUUGGGAGAAUCCACUUCUCCAUUGUCCCUUGCAUUGAUGUAAUAAUAAUUAAUCUACACAAGCUACCAAAAGUUUUCAAAUCUGUCACACCCUCUCUCUCUCUCACUCAAAGACACAUGAUGAAUGAGGUGGUGUCCCACCAACCAACAGGUGUUUGUAGAGGCUGUGAUUGGUUCAAUGAGUUUAGUAAAUCACAACAUUCUGUUCAUAAACUAGGGUUCGAGGAAUCUAUUCUUUUGGGGUCGACUCCCCAUUACCAGAGGGCAGUUCGGUCGAUAGUUGCUAUUUGCUGCAUGAAAUAAAUUCGCGAGAAGUUAUGUUCAAACUUGAACUUGUCUCUGUUUCUUAUUUUAUUAUAUUCAAGCGUUUAGGCGAACCUGAUAGGAACGCUCAGUUACAUUUCCUAUGUCAAAACAAAGUUCUCGUCAGGGGUCAAAACAACAGGAAAAAAAAAAGGUAAGAAUCAAAUUAGGUAACAGACUUAAGAAUUGAGUUAAUGUUGUUACAUAAGGUAUGUUGAGGCAAAAUGCUUGUUAAAUGAACUGAUUCAUAAAUGUAUGAUGACCCAUGUAUUGGAAGUACAUUUUGUUAAUGCUAGUCCUGCCAUAAAUCAAUAGCCUGCCACUUAAGUUGCAAGCAAUAUAGUUUUUGCUUGAAUAUACGGAUUCAGUCAAGGAGCAUUAGAUGUGGAUUUAGUUAUUGUAUAGCUGUCUGUGCUCCGUCAUUUGGAUUAAUAAUAUGUUCUUGUCUGUGUUUGUUUCAACCGGUUAGAAAUGCAGACGUGAAAUAAACAAUCUUGUCAAGACUGUCAUGUGCGCCAAACUGAGAGAGGAAAAUGGAAAAUGUAGCUACCUUUUAGGUUUUCUUGCAUUAAUUCAUUUGUGUUCACAUUCUUCAAGUGUAUCCUUGAUUUAGUGUGGCAUAUUAAUUCAAAAUAUGUUUUAUGUACAAAUCGCUAAUUAAAUGAGUAGCUAACAAUUUUUGCACAUUCCACUUUAUUAUGAAGUUUGCAAAAUGCAUUGUAUGUAUAAAGAGUUGAUGAGAACUCUUUGAAGUAGUUUAAGAAGUUCUGAAGAUUUUUUUCAAAUUGUAAUAAAAAAUUUUCAAAUUAUUAAUGUCCUGACAAUACAUUGUGAUCAGCUGAAUGCCACUUUGGUGAAUAA